AUGGCCUGGACACGCUUCGUGGUCCUCCCUCUGGUCAACGUGGUUUCUUCAACAGCAGAGGUGCCUUGUGCAGGUCUCCCCUUCCACUGUGUGCCGGGUGGCCAGCCGGUGCCAUGCAGACCGGCCUCGGCUUUCAAUUGGCCCGCAAUCCUGGAGCUCCUCCGGAGCGACGAGGCCGCGGCGGUGCUGGGCGCCUCCCCUGCGCUCCUUUCCGAAGUGCUCGCAGCGGCCGAUGGCGCUGCAGGAGGGGCGCCCUGUGACGUGGCAGCAGCAGCCGAAGCCAAAACGCGCCUGGCCACUCUCCAGGCGGGUGGCACCUGGUUGGCCCCUCGCCAAAGACGCGGACUGGUGCCCCCGCCUCUUGGUGCCGUGCAGCCGGGCGGCUGGCUGAACGAGACUCUGCAGCGCAGCGCCGAGGGCCUGGCGGGCCGGCUCUUCGAGUUCUAUCCGCCGGUGGUGGACUCCAACUUUGUGGGGGGAAGGUCUUCGUAUUCCAGCCUACAUGAGGACUUCCCCUAUGCUCUGAAUGGCUUGGUGGCUUUGGCUGCAGCCGCCGGGCAGCAGCGGGUGACAGCGCUUUGCGACGAGGCGAUCGAGCGACUUCUUGCAGCAUCGUCCGGAGGCUGGCUGGGUCCGGAUGACUGGCCCUCUCUGGUGGAGGAACCCGAGGAGGCGAUGGCCGAGCGCUUCGGCCAACUGUCAGGUUCCCUUUGGGCCAGGUUCCCUGCGCUCCAAGCGUUGGUCCAAUAUGGGGAGUGGCGGGCCAAAGUGCCCGGCGACCGCGGAUGUCGCGCUUUUCUGGCCGCUGAGGCUUUCGUCUUGGAGCUGGGUCGCAGGCUGGACGAAGGGCGCUUGCGCCUCGUGGCGUGGAGCUCGGCGCGCUGGCCGGAGCUGCUUUGGGCCCUCCAGGCCCUGCGCCGGGCCAAGGGCCCACGCGCCCUUUGCGGCGCGCCGGCCCCGGACGGCCUGGCGCUGAGGCGCCUCGCCUGGCUGGCGCGGCUGCAAGGCUACGACUGGCACCGCUGGUUUAGCAACGAGACCUUUCCCAAGCAGGCCUUGAGCCGUGAGGAGUUCAGCCUCUACUCGCACGGCGUGAACAACGCCGUGGCGUUGAAGUUCGCGGCGCUCUGGAGCAAGGAGAUGGGGGACGCGACUGCCGAGGCAUCCCUCUUCGCCUGGCGCCAGCUGCAGCAACACCAUGGAGUGGCCUCAGGUGCUUUUGGCGCCGACGAGCACCUCGCGGGCCGCGAGCCCCACCGUGGCACGGAGCUUUGUGUCGUGGUGGAGUCGAUGCGCAGCCUGGAAGAGGCCUAUGCUGCGAUGCCAGACAGGCCCGAGCUCGCCGACGGCUUGGAGGUUCUGGCAUUCAACGCGCUGCCUGCGGCGGUAAGCGACGACAACUGGGCGCACCAGUAUCUUACCCAGUCCAACGCAGCCUACGCUGGCAUUGAGUCCGUGGAAGGCGCCGAGGACGACGAGGGGCCUCGAAUGUCGAAGACGUUCGGCAACGUCGGCCUCGACGCCACAGUCUACGGCCUAUCCCCGAACUUUCCAUGCUGCACCGUCAACUUCGCCCAGGGCUGGGGCAAGUUCGUCGCCUUGGGUCUGUGGCUCUUCGAGGAUGGUGGCCGCGACCUCGGCCUGAGCGAAACGCCAAUCCUCCUCUCGGCGGCCUUCGCGCCCUCCGUGAUUGCCGUGCCGGCGCCGGUUGGCGGCCAGGUGGAGCUGUCCACUGCGUAUCCCUUCAAUCCCGAGGCAGGUGGGGUAUACAAGGGGCAGUCCAUAUGUGAGCCGUUGAGCGAUUUUGUGCUGGAGGAGGACCACGAUGCCGAGCUCCUGGACUGA